UUAUUUUCUCUCAUGUCGCUCUCUCGAGCUUUGAAUCCAAUAAGUUGUUGUUUCCCCAGGUAAAGGUGUAUGACUUGGAUAUAUGUUACCUUUCGUUGGUGGGACCAUUCAGCUGUCAUUGUCAACCCUUAAGGGUACCGUGAAGUCGACGUACGAAGUGUGCUGAGGUCAGGCCAUAGGAACACUUUAGUUAGCAGUCUUGUUAUAAAACUGACAGUCACAGUGGAUUAUUAUAGAGUUAGAGUCUACUACUUAUUAUUAUUACUACACAGUGACAUUGAUUAUAAGAUUCUUGCUAAAUAUUGCUUGGGAUAAAAACUAGCAGUAACUCAUUCUACACACAUCACAUCUGGAUAAAAUUAAAGUCAAUGGAUUCUUCUCACUUUGGUCAUACUGUCAAUCAAGAUGGUAUAGAUCUAUUAUCUAUAUACUUUACCGAUUUUUUUCUGUUUAGGAAAGUAUAAUUGAUGGCCAUGUAUUCAUGGAUUCCGUCAAGUUCAUUUUCAUGUUUGGGAUUAUUGGACAAUGCACUCUUGACCUCCAUGGUGCAAUUUAGACUUUGAGGAGGAGUAAUGUCACAACUGCACUGAGACUAAAUAUUCAUUUCCUGAGAGACAUUUUUGAAUGUAUUGCGAAACCAUGGAGAAUUGAACUUGUGACAGUAUCGAGGCGUGCCAAGGGGAGGUCAGUGAUUGGCCGGGGUCAGCUCCCUUGUUGCUGCCAAGUACCGUCACUAUGAUGCGAUGGUUGAAAGACAAGAAAAGGGAGAAAAAGUCUGUCUAUGCGGGGGAGGAUGGGCGAGACGACGACUACGGAUUCGACAGGGAGCGACAGGCAUCCAAAUCGCCACCAUCCAAACGGCAGCUGCCUCCGACUCCUGCCGCCCCGGAGGAGAAGUCGCCACACAUAUACGAAGAGAUUCCGGACUUGUCUCUUUUCUCGAUUCCUGACAACGAGAAAGUUCUGCCUCAAAGCAAGUUAGGCAAGGGAAAGGCCGCUGCAGAAAAGAGGGCUCAGCCAUGGAAGCCCUCGAGCAGCCAGGCCUCUAAAUAUGAUUCGGACAUCAGCCCGUACAUGGUGGUUAACGUGGACAAGGAAGUCCGCCAAACACCAACGGACUUUCACCGGAACGGCACCCCGGAGGUUCACUGUGAUGUCAUCGUCAAGGACACCCACUGCGAAAUUUUGAUGACCCGGAAACCGAAAGUGACCGCUCUUCGUCUUGACAGCUCGGCUUUCGCAGGUGGCGGAGCUGACAGCAAUGGCGGCACUUCCGGUGUCCGAAACAACACACAUUUCUGCUCACGAGACAGGCGGGCCUCUGUCGAUGUGCACAGCUCCGGGAAAAUGUCCGCUUUUAGUUACUCUGCAUUUUCAUCAUCCUCGAAGAAUACCUCCACCGGACCCCAGUCUUCGCAGUCAAUGUCCAGCUUCCAAGAACUGCAGAACCAGGAAGUGCCAGAAAAUGACGAAUCUACCGCCAGUGGCGUUUCUCCGUAUACGUGCGCUAGUAACUUCAUCCCAAGAACCAAAUUAACAUUUCAUCCUCUGGGCGGAAAAGACCCACGCAAAGAAGCUUUCGGAAGCGAUUGCAGUGACGAUUCUCACACCGUCAACCUUGCCCGGCUUCGAGAGGAUGCCGCCAGCUCUGGAACCAACGGUGUCAGCUACUCGUCGAUUCAGGAAAUGUGCAACCCUUCGAAAUGCGUCACUUAUUCUUCAGUCGUGGAGCAGAAUACCUCAGGGCUGGCGUGUGGCAAGUUUGACGCUUCAUGUGAAAAACAGUCAGCUUACAAAUACAGUGAUCAACAUCUUUCGAAUGAAAGCUUUCCAAGAGCCGGUUUCAUAAGGCCGCCCAGUCCAUCAAACAGUUCUUCGUGCACUUAUGCUUCCGUCACUUUCCCAGCAGAGCCAAAAAUAUACAACACAAUACAAGAUCUGGACCAUUCACCCGAUGAAAUAACUGCUAGGGCACCUGAUGUUGUCUAUUCCGGUGUAGCUGGUGCAUUUGACGGCAACCUGAAUAACAGAAAUUCCACGCAACUAAAAUGUGGCUUUACAAGAGGUCUGAGCCAGGACAGUGCUUUGAACAGGCCAUUGAAUACUGAACAGGAACUAUUCCCUCCACACUCGGUUUUAGUAUCUGACUCGCGUUACAGAAGAAGCCUUGACCUUGACUUUUGCUCCUGUUCAGAUGAGCAUUCAUCUUCUUGUGGUUGUGCCGAGUCAAAGAACAGCAAUGAUGAUGAUGUCUCUAGCGUUGCUGGAACAGCAAGUGAUGGCCCGAGCUCUUGCAAAGGGUGUGGGCGGCUCAUUCGACAAAUUACUUACUCGGAGUCAUUUUCUGACGAGACGUAUGAGCAUGUAUACGCCUCUAGGCUGCUCAUCAGAAACAGGCGUGGGAAUAACUCAGAACGCUCCUUCAUGGAAACGCCUUCUCUCUCCGAGUUUCCCAGUGCCUCGAACACCAGAAGUCCAGACUUUAUUUUGGCCAUGUCUAGGGAUGAUUACUGGGCAUUAUCCAGGAGUGAUGACACCUUACCUCCAGCUUACGGUGCUCGCGACGACAACGGAUUUGUCAGCAACUAUGGCGAGUCCAUGAGCUUGAAGAGAAGAGACUCUGACACAUCCUCUUAUCGUAUUUUCAGAGACUCUAAAGGACUCUCGGUUGAAUCGGCAUCGAGCCAUAGAUCUUUCAUGCGUCAGAACACAUCUCCUGUUGCAAGUGAGACCUCAUCAAUGUUCUGUAGUUUGAGAGCCACUGUAAGCACGAGUUCUAUAUUCUCAUCUAGACCAGCACGCCUUUCAAAUACUAACGACUCAUUGACUAAAACCCAUGAGAUAACUCCAAGCACUGAAAACCAUGAUUCAGCUACUAAUAAUAACUUUUCUGAGCCCACUUCUUGUCCUAAACUUUCUCCCUCCUCAGAACAAGUAACGUUCCCUAAAGAAACUUUCGAAUCUAAUCCAAAAGAAUAUAAUAUCGAAUCUUUAAAGGUAAGCGCACAAAGCUCCUGCCAAAUUGACUCCAAACCAAACGCAUUAUCUGGCAUUUUUUCAAAGUUCACUAGAGCCAAAACACCCAAAAUCCCUAAAUACGAAUCCAUUGAUAUUAGUAGUCCAAUUAGUCCUGUGUAUAGUCAAAUUAACGACAAUGAGGUUCGAACUGUCGAUGUAUCGGUGGCUAAGGAUGACAAUGCAGAUAAAAAUGUAAAAAAGUUGUCCAAGUUUUUCCAGCGACUGUCCAGCAAAGAGUGUUUGAAAUCUACUGGCUACAAUUUUCAGACAUCUUUAAGAUCAGAGGCUGAAGUGGACCAGCAAACAAAAGGUACCAAAGUAGCAGUUGAAACUGGCCAGUCGUAUUCAGAGGACAGGGUUAUUAGCCUCCAAAAGGGCAUUGCUAAUCAUUCCUCUAAUGGAUAUAAUGAUGCAUUGAAUGCAUGGGGCAGCGAAGAUUGUCCCGUUGGUGGUCAGUUGCAAAAAGUCGUAUCUCAGACAAAACUUUCAUCCACCUGUUCGCCAGAAAUUCUUAACCUGGCCGCUAUCGCCUCUGAUGUCCAGCGUGAGGUGACCAGGAAUGCCUGCACCAGCGCUUUCGACGCCAUGUCCGCGACCAAGCCUCAGGCCAAUACGGACAGCGGAGACACAUGCUAUGAAUACGACAUGAGCACGUCCAGCGAGGGCGAGCAGGCCAGUUACGACUACUUUUUGUCCAAAGUCAAGAAGACACUGAACCUUGAACGUGAGGCCAAGCAAGUCGGCGAUCCUAGCCAGACCAGGAAGCGGCUACUCUGUAAAAACUGUAAACGAGACGAUCAGCUGGCCUCGGUGGAAACUGUAGAAGCCGGCGCUUCUGGAAGCUCGUAUUUCUUUUGCCCCCACCUGUCGGCUAAAUUUGGUGACCUUCGAGCCAUUCUAGCUGACCUCGUGGUGGACCAGAGGGCUGCCAUACUGGAUUGUUUGACAGACUAUGCUCAAGCCCCAUUCAGUUUCACUCCAAACGCCAUAGAUAACCAUUGCCGAGAUUGCGGGUUCGAAGUCUUAGCUUCCGACUCUGAGUCGUUGGCCACAAUCUACACCCUGCUUUCCCAUCCUCUGAAUUACCCAGCGGGCCACACGCCGAGCUGUGAUUCUGAUGAGGGAACAAUGGCAGAUAACUCUUGCGAGUCGGCAGAUGAAGUGAUUCACGGCGACAAAGUGAGCAACUCUCCGAAGAUUGUCGUUGCUGAUCCCGAGCACCAAGCGCCGCCCAGAGCGAGAAAGAAAGACAAAAAGGAGAAGAAGAGUACUCCCCCCUUGACUGAAACGCUCUCAAAAGAACAUCUCACCGACAAAUUGAAACUAUCUGAAGGGCUUGUUCAUUCCAAGGAUACUCAUCCGAGUCAUUCACAUUCUUGUCCCUCAACAUCCAACGAUUUACUGAAGAACAAACACAAUACGCAUUCCGCGUCAACGGCGCGUAAAAACGGUGGAAAGAAAAGCAACACAUGUGUACCUCUAUUUACAUCCGAUAAGCAGCCCUCGGAAUUGCCCGUGGAUAGGGUAGACCCCUCGAAAAGUUGCCCUCUCAGCAAAUCUAAGCCUGGUAUUAUGUCCGAUAAAGCCAUUCAAGACAUAUAUUGUCCACUCCCAUCAAAAGCCCUUUCUCUCCUCACAUCCAGGAGCUACACCCACCCCGCCGGGACCGCCUGCGUUUGCGGGGAUCGACUUUAUCACGCGUCCCCGACAACCAUGGCCGCCUACCUAGCGACCAGGGACUCUGGGAAAACUCUGCCACCCACUGCGGACGUGGACGAGAAAACAAUGGUCCCCGCACCGUCCUGUCCCCGUGUGUACCACGCGAACAAUGGCGAUGAGGUCCCUUCGGUGCAAAGCCAUUUAGGGCACGAAGUCUUAAGUUGUAACGUGGAGUUUCCCCAACACAAAAGGGAGAAAGACGGCAGCGGCGAGCGACGCAAAUUGAGUGUGAACGCCGAAAAUAAAAUUGCAGUCCCCGGCGUGAAAGAGCCUUCCAUGUCUUCUAUGAAUACGACUACACAGGGGAACGAUACAAGAGACGGGCAUCUGACGAUUGCGAUCCACGGAGCCGCCCUGUCUGCGCUGGAUAAGUGUGCCCCAUCAAUUAUCAAUGCCAGCCCUAAGAAAAGUUUCAGCCCAAAACGCCAAUCCCAUUCAACUCGUUCAGGCUCGCCGGUGAGCCAAGACAAGGAGUUUUAUGAGACCGCCGCGACACGCAAAAGUGAGGCCAAACACGCGAUUGACAAAGGCAUGGGAAAAGAUGGCACCGCCUCGCACGGCCACGAGGGAAACACAGUUGACUCUGAUUUGUGCAUGAAGAUGAAAUUAAGCCGCAAACAUCGGUUAGAACUGGCCGCUUUGGACUUGUUGCCAGAGACUGCCCUGUGUGGAGAUAUGGACCAUGAGGUGGCCGAGGUAAGCGCGCACGAGUUCAAAUCCCGAUCAGUGAAGCCUAAAAGAUCAAAAGUGGUGGAAAAGAUGGCGCAACUGUUUGAAGGUCAGGGUCAUGAUCUCGAAGGAGAUGCGCGCAAACAAAGAGCUCGUUCAAAUGAUGAACAUACUAAAGUAGGCAAUAAUGAAGUCCAAAAUACAGAAUUGGUGAAAAGUUCUUUGUCAAUCGCUAAAACUUUAGGAGGUAAUGAAAUCUCAUCUCUUGGUAAAUCCCUGAAUGUCUCUGAUUCUACUAGAAGACGCCAUCGUGGGUCCGAUGAAAAUCAUUUGAGUCGUAGAUCUGCUAAAGUACAUUUUAACGACAAGUCGUCUGCUGUGUCAGAUGAACUCAAAUCUGAACAGUUGGUCGUCUGUGAAAUUGAGCGCUUGGAACAUUGUUAUGCAGGAAAUAGUAGAGACAACAGCACAACACGUUUCGAUACAUUCAGUGAAGAGAGGACCGAGGCCCGACAAACUUUAUCACCACCCCCUUCGUCCUCCGCCUCUACGUCUUCCACGUCAUCCCUGUCGAAAAAGAAAACUGGCGGGAAACACAGGAAGCUGAACAAAAAAUCUCACAAGAAGCGCAGCAGAAGUCGGUCAGAGCGCGGCAAAGGGCGCUCAUCAAAAGGGGAGAAAACUCUUUACUAUCUCAGUUCUGACUUAUCGGACAUUGACGUUGUGGAGGUCGAAGACUGGGAGACGUACGCCAAGGCGAUGGCGCCCCAGCAUCCAAAAAAGCAUCUCCCGCAUGAAGCGCCUACGACAGACACCGCCGUGUACAAUGAUGUGAGUUCGGCCGACUCGAAAGUUGGCUUGAAUUCUGCACUUGUAGCCGAAGACGGCUGCUGCGGAUUCGAUCAUGAGUGCGAAAAUGAGAUCUACGCCCUGCCUCCUAGCUCCUCAGAGAUUCGCGGCUCCAGAGCACAUCAGCAGGGGAGCGCUGGCGAGCAAAGCCCCGAGCUGCCCAAAGCCCGAAAAGGUCUGCGCACUGAUGUGUAUAAGACAGUUAGGAGCAACAACAAACUUCUUUCGGACGUCAUCAUCAGGAAUUAUGACAUGCAAGUUUAUGGCAAUGUUUAGUUCUUCAAAUACCAGUUCUUAAUGAUGUUUCUCUGUGCCUUUGUAGUGCUAAUGAAUAUUGGGAUAAAUUGCAUUCGAUCUCUACGUGCACGAUGUCCCUAGAAGAUUCAUUGUUACACCUGAAUAUCUAAUACAUUGUUUUAGUUCCCCAUCUCGUUCUGUGGCCCAUUCCUUUUCAGCUGAUCUGUUGAUAGCAUCAGAUUAUGUUCUAAUGAUCAGCUUUAAAUUCUAUUUUUUUUUUUUGUAAACAUCAUUUACAGAUUAAGCUCCCGAAUAAAUGUUACUGUUUAGUUUUAGCGAUUAGGACAUCCGCUUUCUGUGGACAAAAAAUACUUUGACUUAUAGUGUGGACAGAAAAGACUUCAUCAUAUACUGUGGACAGAAAAGACUUCAUCAUAUACUGUGGACAGAAAGACUUCAGCUUAUACUGUAGACAGAAAAGACUCCAGCUUAUACUGUGGAUAGAAAGACUUCAUCAUAUACUGUGUAUAGAAAAGACUCCAGCCUAUAGUGUGGGCUCAAUGACGUUCUGACUAGCUCUUCCAUUGACCUCAAAGUGAUCAAGAUGUAAAUAUGUUUUGUUCAAUGCAUCGCUGUCACAGCUCGUCUGUGUCGUAACAAGGAAGCAAUUCGUUAUUGAACUAAGUAAUGAAAAGACCGACCUGUUUGAGAAUGUUUUCAUUGAGCACAACACAUGUGAUUAGACAUUGGAAUGCUAGAUCUAGUGUUAACUGCUAAAUGUUUGGAGUGACAAAGAUAUACAUGCCAUCUCCCCCCCCCCCCACGCUGACUAUGCAACCCUUUACACUGUCAUAGAGGUAGGGGUGGGUGGUUCUUAAAAACGUUUGCAAUUGUCUGGUUAUUGUAGCGAAUUAACACAAGAGAAGUUUUGUCUUUACAUUCCAGUCUAACUUGACGUUCCAUGUUCUCAUCAUUAUGUUUGAGGGUUCCAAUGACUCGUCCCAUAUCUGAGAUAAACAGUUGUAGUCAUCAAACCAGCCAACUCUCCCUAAAGUGUUUCUUCUAUAGCGAGUGUUUUGGGACAAACCUAGUAACAAAUUUAGUGAUUUCUUGUUUGUUUGACACUUUUGUCUUUUAAAGACAUUAAUUAGCUAGGAAGUUUUCUUUUUUUUUUUCAUCUUAAGUAUUUUUUUUUCAAGUUAUCAUUGUAUUUUAAAUUUUUUCUUAAGAAUCUUGUGACUUCACUAUGUUUACUCUUGUAUCUGAUCUGAAAUGUAUAAUGUGGCACACUUUAAUGUAUUGCCUUUAUAAUGUACAUUAAAUAAUGUUGACUGAUCUUUAUCUACAUAUGUCUUUGUACAAAAGAUCUGUAUAAGUUCAAGUUCUCUUCCUGUUAUGGUUGUUAGCAAACAUGCAUGUAUCAGCAGCAUUGAGAUGUGUUCUUACUAGGUACUAAAGUAAGUCAAGUUUCCCUUUCAGACCUUGUGGUCUCUAGGGCAGAUGAUAUGAAGGGCAUCUGUGGCCUACGGUUAAUGAGGAUGUCAUGUGGCCAGCACAAUGACCAACCGCCUUUACUUUUUCCCCAACUAAUGUCAGGUACCAAUUAGAGCUGGGUGGACUCAGAGCCGCCCAAAGAUCCCGAAAGUAAAAAUCCCAGUCUUCACCAGGAGUCAAACCCGAGACAUCCCCCGGUUCAGAAGCCCAACGUCUUGCCACCGCGCCUCCUACUAGGUACAAAGUCUAAAACUGGUUUUGCUUUUUUUGAGACAAUAAACUGGCUUAUUAAAUGAGAUGUGGAUCACUGAUGUCAUUAGGCAAAAAAAAACACGUCAUUUGUGACAUUGACGUCACACACGUUUUCAGUCCACGCACAUCAUUACACAGUUACACACACACAAUAAAAAGAUGCAGACUUAUACAAAUAUUACUUUUGCUAUAAAGUAGUUCUCAAAGGCGAUGCUGUUUUUCCUAGACCGACACUUCACCCCCCCCCCCCCCCGUUAGCUCUUAAGAACAUUUCGUGUCUUAAAUUGUUCACAUCCUGGGGUGCAGCCCUGAAUCUCGGUUGUGUUGCUGGCUCGCUUAAUUAUAAAAUGAUUGUAACUAAUUGCUUUGUUGUGUCAUGCAGAGCGUGGCGACCUCACAGCCAGUUUCAACUGGCUCUCCCCCCCCCUCACUAUAAAUAUGUUUAUAUGACUUGGUGUGUUAUUAUUGGUACGGUAAUAAGGUCAAACAUGUCGCAAUUAUUUUGUUUAAUGACUAUGGCGACUUUAUAGAAUAUCGAUGAAUGUAUUCUGAUUGAAAAAAUUAUAGAUCAAUAAAUUGUUUUAUUGGAUGUCA